AUGCACAACGAGCGGGAGACGGCUGUGGACGCCUUACCGGGGACAGAAGUGCGCGAAGUGGCGGGGGAGGAGAAGUGGAAGGGAGGAAUCUUCAGUGGCCACGACAUCGCUUUAUCGCUGAAGGCACUGACACUUCGUCAGUGCACAGUUGCCACUGGAGCAGGUGGUGCCGUGUACAUAGCAGCUGGUGGCCUCACCGUUCGGGGGCCAACUGAAGUGAACGACUGCAAUGCAAGUGGAGGAGGCGACAUUGCCUUUGUUCAGGGGGACGUCACCAUGGAGGAGGCGGACAUCAUUGGCUCCAGCCAGUCCCUAUUCGCAAAGGGCCAUGCGCAGAUCGACAGCCUAACCUGUGCACGUGCCUCCUCAGCGUGCUAUGCAACCGGGCAUUCCGAGUUGGUGACGGCAGAGAUCACAUGCCCCCGUGGCACCGGAUUCCACAAAGCAGGAGUCAAGGAAGGCUGCCUCCCCUGCGAACCAGGCACGACCCGGCUGGUCGGAAACACCAGCGCCUGCCAACCCUGCCCUGCGAUCCCUAACGCGGGUUGUGCCGCCGCAGAGUUGCAGAUCCCCAGUGGCUACGUGGUUGACGCGUCCAACAUCACCAGCUGGUACUUCUGCCCGAACAGAGCCACAUGCCUUGGAGCCACGCUGAAGGCAGGCAGAGUGCUGGAGGACGACGUAGAAGACCUGGGCUCCAUGUGCCUGAAAGGCUACACAGGGCCAGGGUGCGUAAGAUGCGAUCAAGGCUUUGCCUACGCGGACGGCGCCCUGAAGUGCAUCCGCUGCAUGGAGGACGCGCGCCAGGCCACCAUGUUCAUUGCCGCGAACAUGGUCAAGGAUACCGGCUUGUUCCUCUCUGCAGUUGCCACUGUCACGGGCGCAAAAGGCAACCAGAAGGUGAAGGCAAGCUCAGCUCUUCUAAACCAGCUGAUGGCCUUUGCAGCUGUGGCAUCCAUCGCCAU